GGAGCGGGAGCCGGAGCCUGGCAGCGCCGCAGGAUGGACCUUCCUCACCUCACAAGUCCCACCGACCUCCCCAAGCACAUUCUGGAUAUCUGGGUCAUCGUGUUGAUCAUCCUGGCCACCAUCCUCAUCAUGACAGCGCUGCUGCUGUGCCCGGCCACGGCCGUCAUCAUCUACCGAGUGUGGACACACCCCACGCGCAACGGCAUCGUGUGAGCCACGGGCACGGGGGCACGGCCAGCUCGCUGGGCUGGGGGCCACAGCCAUGGCACCCUGUGCCAGGCACCUUCACAGGGCACCCUGAGAGCUGCAGCCUGGCCAGGAGCUGGGGUGAGCCAGCCCAGACCUGCUCCUGCAGCUGGCUCUCGCUGGGUACCCACUCCUCAUCUUCCCGCUGAGCUCACGGGGACUGUGGGGGAAAUGCCAGCGUGGGCAGCAGUGGGGAGAGGUGUGACUUGGAGGACACAUCCAGCUGGGAAUAUCUCACUCCAUGAGAGAGGCAGACUGGUCUCACCUUCACUGGUGACACUGUCUCCUCCCAGGCAAGCAGCAAGGAGUGGAAAUGCCUAACAAAGUUAUUUCUUCUUUGGAGUCCCAGCUGUCAAGGUGGCUGGGGAAAAAAGAGUCAAAGCAAGAUGGAUGUGGCUUCUGGUUGUGCAUUUAGUGCUUGGCUAAAAGCAUCGGUGACAGAGCUUGUGCCGGCUGCACAGCAGAUGUGCAGCUGGCACCAUCUUCUCCUCUACCCAUUAUCUGCAGAAAUGGUAGGAAAAUCCUGCAGGACCCUUGGUUCCUCUGGAUCUUGUGGGGCAGACGACUGUGUGCAGUUCCUGCCAGCCCUCCUGUCUACAUGCUGGCUGCACUCCCCACUCCUGAGAGUGAGAGCUCCCACUGUUUGCCCAGCACACCAGCCCUGCUGGGGAGUCUGUGUGUGCCUCACCUGG